GGCAGUAUACACACACGAAGCACACAACACGAAAGCAACCAUGAAGCUGGUCAUCGCCGUCGUCUGCGCCUUCCUGGCCGUGGCCCUGGCCCGCCCCCAGCAGCAGCCCCAGUACAAGCCGCCCGUGCCCAUCCUGGCCCAGGACUCCCAGUUCAACAUCGACGGCUCCCACACCUCCAGCUUCCAGACCGGUGACGGCCAGAGCCGCUCCGAGCAGGGCGUGCAGAAGCAGCUGGGCCCCAACGACCAGGGCGAGGCUAUCCAGGGCCAGAUCUCGUGGACGGACAACGACGGCGUCGCCCACCAGCUGGCCUACACCGCCGACGAGAACGGCUACCGCCCCAGCGGCGACCUGGUGCCCGCCAUCCCCGUAGCCAUCCAGCGCGCCCUGGAGUGGAACGCGGCGCACCCCGAGGAGGAGGACCCCCGGGACAGCCAGCGGCAGUGAGGCGCCGCCCGACAACCACCCCGACGACCAGCCCAACACAACUCCCAGCCCGCACAGCCCCCGUUACGACCUCCUCGCGGACUCGCAGGACUUCUCCGAGCUGGCCGUGCCGAGGACGCGGAGACGCGAGAAGGCGUGGUCCUUGACCCGUCCGAUAGCACCCUGCCCUUCUUCACGACGCGGCCCGGUCCUUUGUUCCUCUUGAAGGGCCUUGUUAACAAUCUGUGAUCUGUUCCCUGGUUCCCGCCGCGCUCAGAGCAAUAAAAGCACAAACCCCGAGUC